CGCGUGCUCAACCCGGUACGGCCAGACGAGUCUAGAUCCCAAGUCACAACCAUGCCCAACCCCAGCAGCACCUCCUCUCCCGGCCCGCUCCCUGAGGAAAUUAGGAACCUGUUGGCAGAUGUUGAAACAUUUGUAGCAGACACACUGAAAGGGGAAAAUUUAUCCAAGAAGGCAAAGGAAAAGAGAGAAUCUCUCAUUAAGAAGAUAAAAGAUGUGAAGUCUAUCUAUCUUCAGGAAGUUCAAGACAAAGGUGAUGCCGAGGAGGGGGAUGAGUAUGACGAUCCCUUUGCUGGACCUCCAGACAGUGUUUCCUUAGCCUCAGAACGCUAUGAUAAGGACGAUGAUGGCCCCUCUGAUGGAAACCAGUUUCCUCCAAUUGCAGCCCAGGACCUUCCUUUUGUCCUAAAGGCUGGCUACCUGGAAAAACGCAGAAAAGAUCACAGCUUUCUGGGGUUUGAGUGGCAGAAGCGGUGGUGUGCUCUCAACAGGACAGUGUUCUAUUAUUACGGCAGUGAUAAAGACAAACAGCAGAAAGGUGAAUUUGCUAUAGAAGGCUACGAUGUCAGAAUGAAUAACACCCUCAGAAAGGAUGGAAAGAAAGAUUGCUGUUUUGAAAUCUGUGCUCCUGAUAAACGUAUCUAUCAGUUUACAGCAGCUUCUCCCAAGGAUGCUGAGGAAUGGGUCCAGCAGCUGAAAUUUGUAUUACAAGACAUGGGAUCCGAGGUGAUUCCAGAGGAUGAUGAUGAAAGAGGAGAGUUAUAUGAUGACGUCGAUCAUCCUGCUUCAGUCAGCACCCCAUCAAGGAGCCAACCAAUAGAUGACGAAAUUUAUGAGGAGCUUCCAGAGGAGGAAGAGGACACUGCUUCACUGAAGAUGGACGAACACGGGAAGGGGAGUCAGGACAGUGUAACCCACACCUCAGGAGAUAGAAGCACUGAUUAUGCUAAUUUUUACCAGGGUCUGUGGGAUUGUACUGGAGCUCUUUCUGAUGAGUUGUCCUUUAAGCGUGGUGAUGUGAUUUACAUUCUUAGCAAGGAAUACAAUAGAUAUGGCUGGUGGGUAGGAGAAAUGAAGGGAGCCAUUGGCUUGGUGCCUAAAGCCUACGUAAUGGAGAUGUAUGAUAUUUGAGAGUCCGGGGAUGUCUUCUGUCUGUCUGCCCAUGCUCUGGACUCGGAAACCCCCAAAGCCUGAGUGAUUGACACAGAGCUGCCUUCCUUUGGUUGAAUAUUCCUGUCUCCUCUGCUAUGCUAUGUAGUCACUAAUUGAAGUACUCUAGAUGUCAGAUUAAGUUAGAUACAAGCAGUAGGUAUAAGACCUGUUCCUGUUUUUUGAAUAAUAAUUAGUAUUAAUUUGCCCAUUUGGUCUGUGUGGGAAAAUUCACGGUGAUUGUAUUCUACUUUCAGUCACUGAAGCUGCCAGUGAGGGUUGCUGUUUCUUCGUCAUUGGGUAUCAGUUAUUCUUAGUGUUGCAUAUAAUUUCAUCGACUGUAAGUUUUGAGUCGACACUAAAGACUUCUUUAAAGCUGUGUGGACAACUUAAUUAUUUUUUCAAAGAGUAAUAACAUGUUUUCAUUUUUAAAAAGUUGUACAAAUUGGCUAGUUUACCUGCUGUUAAAUAAGAAAAAAAAAAGGUGAUAGCAUUUCAAAUAGAGGGAAAGUGGCAGUAUGCUGUCACUUGGUACACACAUGUAAACCAGAGCUAGGUUUGGGCAAGUACUUGAGUAUCUUAAUUUGAUUGUGGGCUUGCCAGUGUUUUCUACUAUAAUUUUAUUUAAACCUAACAGAAUGAAAGAUUCAUAAGAAAGCCCAUUUUACUACUGAUGCAAUGGCAUAAGCAACCAGCGUGUUUUCAAAGUGCGAGGGCACGGCGGGCACUGCCAGCUUCCUGCCUCGUCAUUGCCACGCUGCCACGCUCCCGCUGUUAAACAGCAGUGUGCUUCUCCAGACCCAUCAGAGAAGAAGGACUCAGAAUGGCAGCAGUUACCAGCAGGUGAAUGGAAGGGUAGGUUAACCUGGUGUCGCAUAGGUACCUGUUGCUGUGCAGGUAGGCUUGCAGAAUCCUGUCUGUCCCCUUCUGUACAGAGUUGAAAUCACAGUACUUUGAGCUGUCUCUGGAGGUGCCAGGGUAGCCUUACUCUGUAUCAAAUGCACAGUGGUUGGAUAUUUUGCAGUAGAUGUGAUCUACUAUUAAAUAGUUCUUUAGCAGGUCCUAGCUUUUGUUUAGCUUUUCAGAGAGGAAUGCAAAUGAGCUGAUAGUAUUUUAAGUCUCCACUGUCUGUGUACAGCUCUGUUUACAAGCAAUAGUAGAGAGUGUUUAUUUUACCUUAUUCUGUAAAUGUUGUGAUCACUCAGUUUCAAAAUUAAAACAAAAAAGCCUUAACUUUAGGGGUUGUGAAUAAACCCAACCUUGUCCAAGUCUUCAGAAAUUACAUUUGUACAAGGACCCUUUUCCCAUUAGAGUGUCAUUUAAAUAGAUUAAAAUCACCGUGACAUAAGUUAGGCAGGUAGAAAUGAACUAAGUGGACUGGCUUUCAGAGUCUGUGUGGUUCAAAAGCAAAGCCUGGCCUGUGGUUGCAGGUUGUGUGCCUUUACCCUAAGUGGCCAGGAGAUGGCAGCAGCUCGUCAUUUGCACGGGGACCCACUUGGGAACCCCUCCCCCACUCAGGCAGCCUGAGAAGCCCUUAGAUUUUGCCUCCUUUUCCAGUUAUUCCAGGAGAGGGAGUCCUUUGCCAACUGUUGGGCAGCAUUUCCAGUACAGAAGCAUGGUGCUGCUUCAGUCCACACCGCCUCUGGCCUUUGUUCUUUUUAUAACCUGAAUAUACAUGGGAGAAAGAAGGUUGGAACCAAAGGCUUUUAAAAUUGGGAGAGUCGAGAAAAACUGCUGUUCCUUGCGAUUGGUCGGUGCUUUCUGUUCACUUUGAUGCACUCGCUCUUGUACUGUGAGGAAGUUUCUCUCCACCCGUGAUAGUACAUCACAUUCUCCUCAAGAUCGUAAUAACAUCAUUAAUGUGAAUUUAAACAACGCAGCUUGUUAGAAAAUAUGCUAAUUGUUAUGUUCCCAUUAUGUUUGCUUAGCUUUUAUUUGUUUUUCUAUGAACAGUUAGAGAGCUAAUUUUUUUGAAAGGUGAUUGUAAGUCAUAUUUUAUAUAGCAUUUUGCUUGAUCGUUUGCUCUGUACCGAAUUUGUACUCUGUUGCCAUUAGAUCUUACAAUAAUGUUCCACUCUGCAAAUUUUUAAGGUUCAAAUAAAGUUUAAUUGUUUGCAAACUGUUAUGAUGCUAAUAA